AUGGGCGUCUUGUUUCCAUGCACAGGUCAUCACACCUUGUGCACAAUGGAUUACCCUGGCGAUGACGAUUGCGCGGAUAUUACUUUUGAGCUCCAAUCCGUCCGUGCCGAUGAGACCGAGCGUCAGAAGAUCAACGAGUUCCUCUCUGGAAAA